AUGAAUUCUGUUUUAUUGCAUGUUUUUAGCGCGAUGGUGCAAAGGAGUGAAGAAAAAAAUUUAGAAGAACAAUUAAAAAAAUGUAAAAUCGAAAGUGAAAAAAAUCAUCAUCUAAAUUUACAAAGAAUUCAAACUCCUAAACGAUUACUUUAUAUAAAUAAUGAAGAAGCAUGGAAUCGUAAUCAAAAGCUAUUAAAAAAAUUGGAAAUGUCGAGAGCACGUUUGCGAACACUCACAUCAUUUACUCCAACUGAUCAAGAAUUCCGUGAACGUGCAGCAUUCUAUUGUAAAUUUUUAGACAGUAAUUGUUGAACUGAUCAAAGAAAUAGAUGAAUAGUAAAUCCAAUAACUCGAGCCGAACGAACAAACUAUAUUAAUAAAAAGUUUGUUGAUCGUCCGGAUCGAUGCAUCAGAUUAACAAAAUAACAAUAUUUAAAAUAAAAUCUCUGAUCUGGAUAUCCUGGUGAACACAAUUGUGGAAGAAAUAGUCUAAUUUAUUCCACUUAAAUUCAUUUGUACGGAUCUAUAAUUGUAAAUUUUAAAAGAAAAAAAAAAUUAGUAAAA